AUGGAUCCUAGCGUUCGUGAAUUGCGAGGAUUCAUCCACAAACCUAAAAAUGAGGAAGAACUCCUACACAACCAUCGAAUGUAUGAAGAAUUCGUGUUUAAAUAUGAGAUCCAUCUCGCAAACGUAGAGAAUUCUCACACCUUUGUGAGCUACUAUGGUCGCAUUCAACCUGGCAACAUUAGAGACGUAUCCAAUAAAUGUACCAGCAUCUUCUUUCUCAAAGGCAGAACCGCAAACAAAUCAGUCAUACCAUCGGUCCACCGAUAUAUAUCAGAACAAUGGUUCGAAGGAGAUAUUCAUAACAAAGAUAUCACUUUUCAGCGCUUUUUUGCCAAGAUAGUGGUUAUGUCGCCGUCGCAUAAAAUCAAUAAAUGCCUUGAACUCCAUAACAAUUUCUGCAGACAAUUUGAUGGCUGCUCAAAGAAUUAUAUCUUCAGCCAAAAAAGGAAAGGGGAAAUCAAAGUCGCUCAACUAAGGAGCCACGACCCAGCACUAGCAACAGAAGAUCACAAUGAUCCAAAAGACUAUAGAAUCACAUCCUUGUUCCGAAGUGUGAUUGUCAUUAUGAGAGAUUGCAAAGAAGGUGUGUCGACCGCCGAACGAAAAGUCUUAUUGGUGAAAACUGGGAUCAAGAAUGGACUUGCUCUAUCCUUAAACUUUGAGGGAGUUGAACAAGUCGAGGAUGACGAUCCUGAUUUCAUACCACCAAUCAAUAGCAUCACAACAACAUUAAAAGAAGCGGUAACAUUCAUCAUGCGAGUUAACAAGGCGUUUGAGAAUACAUUUCCAUCAUCAAAUGAACGGAACACUGGAACAUUCAUCACAGACUCUGGAAAGUCAGUGUCCUUGACGACGGCAGAGGAAAUGGGAUUUAAAGGAAGGGAAGUCCUGGGACCAAGCACUAAUUGGAUCAAUCUAAACUCCGGUAAUAUUCCUCACAAUUGCUACGGAAAUCUCUGCAAUGCAUCGUACUGUGAGAUGAGAGGUGGAUUUUAUGAUGAGGAGUCAGAAGUGAGAAGUCAGCAAGAAUCAAAGGCGUCUAUAUCUGGUCCGAGCAGUCAACUAGCCAUAAGUCAAACUCCUAGCUUCAACAAUAGUCCGAGCUCUGGCACUCGAAUGAAGGUCGCUGAUGUCGCCGACACUUUAUUUUCAAUCUCGCAUGAUGCCCCGUCAACUACCAGAUGA